AUGGGCUGGCAUAGGGGGCUGCUGGUUCCGCGCAAAGCUGGCCGAUCUAGACAAAGAGUGUUGACGGACCCGGAGGGAUCCGGGCAGGCAAGGCCACAUCUCCCGCCAGAGCUGUGGCUCCAUGUCUUUGAUCUCGCCACGGACGUACCGGGCGCGCUGGGGCUGGAAACACACAGCCACGACCCCUUCCAGCUGUCCCAGAGCAUAUCCGGAAGGGAGCCGCAGAGCUUGCUGCUGGCGUCCAUGUCAACCAAGCGCGCGCUGGUGCGCGUUUGCCGGCAGUGGAGAGUACUUGCGACGCCCGUCCUUUACCGCGUCGUCAUCGCGAACCACAAGUGGGGGCUGCGAGCUCUGCGCCGAACGCUCGUCGGCGGGGACAACGAGAGGGCCACGCUGCUGCGAGCGUGCGUCGUGCGGUUCUACUGCAUAUUCGACGGCCACCGCGCGCCGACGGAUUAUCUCUACCCAUACGAAUAUCUCGCGGAGAUCAUCCGCGCACUUCCGAACCUCGUCAACUUCACUGUGCGAACGCAAGAAGAAGAGUUCCUGCCGUGGUACGCUGGGGACACCACCGUGCCCGCGUGCGUGCUGGAGGCCUUGGCGGAGCGCGGCGCGUCGCUGCGCGUCCUGGAAUGGGAUCGCGACGUGAGCCUCUGCGCGCGGUUCGACGAGCUGCGGGGGAUGCUCUCGCACAUGCGCGAGUUGCGGGUCCUCAAGAUCUGGAAAAGCUGCCCGCGGUAUACCGGGAGCCGGGACCCCACGCCCCUGGUGCUCCCGAAGCUUGAGGUCAUCUCGCUCGAUGACUUCUCAGAGCACUCGCCGCUCCGCUUCGCCGUCGAUCGAUUUGAAUCCCUCCGGGAAUUGUGCUUCCGCGCCCCGCCGCUGCCGCUGGGUAGAUCCCUUGUGUCGCUCGCGUCUGUGGCACCGCAGAUCACGCGCCUGACUCUAGGCAGUGCUCCUGACGGGACGUGCCCCGUCCACGACGCCGUGCGAAUAUUUCCGAACCUAAGGCAGCUCGUCGCCUGGUACCACGAUUGGCACCUGUUCCCGCCGGGCUUGCAGCUCGCCAACAUCGAGUAUCUGGGUCUGGGAAGGGAACUCGCCCGCAUACGACCAGUCCUUCAUGUUUACGACCGGUUGCUGGACAACCUCGCGUCUAUGCAGGCCCGCAGGCUCGCUGUGGUGCGCUUUGAGGCGCACCGCUUUCGUGCGGAUGAAUGGGAGAAUCUGCGUGUCCGGCGGCCAGAGGUAUUCGCUGGGUUCCAGGCGUUGGCGCGGAGUAGGCGCUUUCGUCUCGAGAAUUGGCGCGGUGAAAUUAUGCUGUAA